AUGGAUGCUGGAGUCAACAUGCAGCAUCGUAGAGGAAGGAUUCAGACCCAAUUCUCCAACUACGGCAAUGGAACCAAUGCCAUCACUGAAUUCUACGCCAGCGCCGACUAUGACGAAGAGUACGAGAAUGAACUCUGUUCCAAGACAGACGUGGUCAGGUUCGGAGCCCUCGUCACACCCAUGGUCCUCUCCGUGGUCAUUGUGCUAAGCCUUGUGGGUAACCUGCUGGUGCUGGUGAUUCUGGCCAGGUACGAGCAUCUUCGGUCACUGACAAAUGCGUUCAUGAUGAACCUGGCGUUGUCUGACCUGGUGUUCACCUGCGGCCUCCCCUUCUGGGUCUCCUAUCACCUGAAUGGCUGGAGCUACGGUGACCUCACCUGUAAGGCGGUCAGCUUCCUGUUCUAUGCUGGCUACUACAGCAGUGGCAUCUUCCUCAUCCUAAUGACGCUGCAUCGUUACCUGGCUGUGCUCCACCCCCUGUCUCACCUGCUGUCAGGCUCCUCCCACUCUCAGGGCACCUGGAGCGCUGUUGUAUCAUUGGUCGUCUGGACUGUCAGUCUGUUAGCUGCUAUGCCAGCUCUCAUCUUUACCAAGGUCAUCAUCAGUGGUUCUAACGACCGUAAACAUCCUCUGGACCCUAACAACCCUUAUGGGCCUAGUGACUCUAACGCCCCUAGUGGUGAACAGCGGUACUGUGAUGUUACAGAUGUCAGCUGGAGGCUGUGGGGGGUCUACCAGCAGAACAUCCUGUUCAUAGUGACAUUAUUAGUGGUGUGUGUCUGUUACAGUCAGAUUCUAGUCCGCCUCCUGAGGCCCAGGGUUAGGGUUAGACGCCAGAGGAGCGGAGGAUACAGGAGGAGUCAGAGGACUGCCCGGCUGGUCUUCGGCCUGGUCCUGGUUUUCUUUGUGGGCUGGGCGCCGUACAACGUGGUCAUCUUCCUCAGGACGCUGGUGUAUAAGAGUCAAGAUGGCGGCGAUGCUGGCAGUGCUGAGUCAUCCACAACACUAUGGCAGGAGUGUGGCACCAGCAACACGUUGGACUACUCCUUCUAUGUGACCAGGCUGCUGGCGUUCUCCUACUGCUGUCUCAACCCUCUGUUCUACGUGUUCGUUGGGGUCAAGUUCCGGAACCACCUGAAGAGACUGUUGAAGGGUUGUUGUCAUGGUGUUACCGUUGUCAAUAACAACAACAACUUCAGUGUUCUGAACAGGAGCAGCAGACUGACAUCACAGUCCAGUGGGGAGUUCUCACUUUAAAUAACAACACUGUAAACAACACAACAUCUGUAAACAACAUCUAUUUUCCAUUCAUAUUAUCCAUUUGCAGAUCAUUUUUGCUUUCCUCAAGACUAUUUGAGGUGUUUAUAUCAUAUCCAUUUAAUACCACGUUUAAUACCACGUUUAAUACCACGUUUAAUACCACGUUUAAUACCACGUUUAAUACCAUGUUUAAUACUAUGUUUAAUACCAUGUUUAAUACCAUGUUUAAUACCACGUUUAGAAGCAAAUUAAAUUGUGAUUGUUGUAUUUUGAUUGCUGUAAGUCAAAUCAAAUUGUAUUUGUCAUAUACACGUAUU